UCCCUAGAUCUCAGUCUCUCUUUUGUUCUCCUUUUUAUUUUCUUUUGGCCCUUUCUGUCUUCCACCUUGUCCUCUUUUGAUGGCAUUCGCCGAAGUCAUGGAGCUCACCACCGGGACAGAGAAGCACCACCAGGAUGUAGCAAUGGAAGAGGACGACCAGGUUUUCGGGUUGGAGAGAAAAACGUCGUCGUUGGCUCAUGAAAAGGGACCCGAUAGUGCAAAUAGCAGUACUAUCACCACUACCAACACAAGCUCAUCUUCUAGCUUUUCUGGUGAUGGAGAGCGUGUCACGUUAGAGAGUCUGGAGGUCUAUGAGUCGGCGGAGAAAGAAAUCGGAUUUUACGGUGAGCACGAAGACCUGAACAAUGGCAACGUUUACUUGGACGUAGACCAAGGUUCGGAGUCAUCUGAUGAUCAUGAGUCCCAAACUGUUGACCACUUGAACGGGGAGAAAAAGGUGACAGAAUUUGAAAAGGGUUCAUAUUCUGAGGACAAGAAAGGAUCACGUGAUCAGAUCGAUGAAGUACAAGACGGUGAUAUCCCUGAAGAGGUGGAGGUGAUAGAGGAGGAGGAAGUGGACAUCGAAGAUGUUAAAGAUUACAAGGCAAAGGAACUGCUGGAGAACCAAAAGACACCUGAUCUAUUAUGUCCAAAAUGCAAGAAUUGCAUCACCAAAGUGGUUGUCCUCAAGAAAAGGGUCCUCCUCAAGAAAAAGGUUGCCCCCAAGAAAAGAAAGGAGAAGAUCUCUAAUGUGGCGGACAGUGUGCCUGCGACAGGGCAUAUCGGGACUAGUGGUAUUCUUCGUUCGCAAGACAAUCCGCCAUCUUCGGGUGAUGGUAAUAGCGCUAUACCUGAACUUGAACAAUCCUUUAUCUACAAGUGCUUGUCCUGCUUCAGCACAUUUAAACGCACAGGUGUCGAGGGGGGACUUAGCAUUCAGCCAAAGCCUCUACAGGAAGCUCCAGGCGAUUUCAACUGUCUCCGUGGAGUGUUUGGAUUUAAUAAGGAAAAAGAACCAGAUGUUCACCAAGAGUCAAAGUUAUAUGAUCCAAGCGAAGGUCUCAAUGAUGGAGCGCCUGUUGAACACAAGAACAACUCGACAGGCGAAGGACGUCUCACCCCGAUCCCAAAAUCUUCUGAAAGACCAGACACUAGAACGCCAGAUAUUGGUCAGACCAAUGUAACAGGUGUAGUUGACACAGAACCACGUCAUCGAAUUGAUAUUCCACCCCUCUCAGAUAAUCCUAUCGAUGAAGAGACUCUAGAGGAACGGUUACUUCCCCAAGUUGUUGAAGGACGUAAACCGGAGAUCCUGAAAAGUAUCGUAUAUGGAGGUUUAACAGAAGCAAUCACAAGCCUCGGUGUUAUCUCAUCUGCCGCUGGUUCUGGUGCUUCAACAUUGAACAUUUUGGUACUUGGGCUUGCAAACUUGUUUAGCGGGCUUAUUCUCAUUAUUAAUAAUCUCCAUGAACUCAAAAAGGAGGAACCCAUCAGAGAAACAACACAGGAUAGCCAGACUAACGGUGAAGAAGAAAGUCAGUACAAGCGACUCCUAGGACGAAGAGAACACUUCAUGCUUCACGCAACAAUCGCAAUCUUAUCCUUCAUAAUCACCGGACUGCUCCCUCCUGUAGUCUACUACUUCUCAUUCAGAGAAACACACAACAAAGACUACAAAGUCGCAUCAGUUUUCGGUGCAUCUCUGAUAUGUAUCACCUUCCUCGCUCUAGCCAAAGCUCACGUGAGUAACCCGAGAGGCAACCACCUGAAGAGCGUUUUGUACUAUGCGACAACUGCUGUGUCUGUGUCGGGGAUUACGUACGUGGUUGGUAACGUUGUGAAUCAGUUGCUUGAGAAGUACGGAUGGUCUGAUGGGUCUGAAACUCCGGUGGGAGAGAUGAUGCUUUCACUUAUGGGGAGAAAGGCUGGUGGCUUUGGAUACUCAUCUUCGUACUGA